GGCGUCGUGGUUUCCUAUCGUGUUGGGACUUGGCUCCGAACUUCAUCAUCCACUUGAGCUAUCGAAGAAACCCCGGGAAGGACCAAACCCCAACAUUUGGUCCUUCGAACCGGAUGAAGGACGGUGGGACCAGGUUGGAAGGCUUUGGAUCGACGCCAUUGGUAGCCAGCACCAACGCCAACAUUCAACAAUGGGUGAGCGCCAAAACCUACCCGCGAAAUGCACUUUCGCCGCCAUCGCACUUGCUGCACAAAGGACACCAAAGGAUAUGGCCUGAACAAAGCGCCAUAGACAUGGCCUCGGAAAUGGCCACCGGAACACACCAAGGACUACUCAGCAUCGGACAGCAUGCAACCCAACGGUACCUCGGGCUGGACCGAGGUGGACACGGUCAACUACGGAAGGAUUGGUCGGCCGUAUGGAACGCUCGACAUCGCCCGGUGUCGCAAUCAACAUCCUCGCGUGCGGACUCCUAUUCAUCGCCCCUGGACGAGGCAAUUAAUCAACGGUUUGGGAAUCAUCGAGUGGAAUUCGGUUCAACCCAGGACUCGGACUGUACACUGGACAGGCAGGAUCACCUGUUUCCUCAGGUAAAUAUUAAUUAGUUCAGUGUAUAUGUCUAGCCGGAGUGUUCAUCAACAACCACCUAACACCAAUUCCAAAAUUCUCUCGAUGAAAAAUACAACUACACCCUGGACUGGAGGAACACGCACAAGUACACACGGGUACUGCGUGCACGCACAACGGUUUGCUCGUCUACACACAUGCGAGCACAUCCCAUUCAUUACCAUCUACGGACGACACGGUGUCGCGGGCAGUGCACGGCUGCACUGAGGU